CAGAAAAGAUGUACUUGUGAUGCAGGUUACAUCAGGAAAAAGAUAAACAAUGACGUUCAUCAGAGGUCUAUGUGUGCCUAUCUUCUUGGUAGUGAUCUUUGGCAAAGGCUCUCACUCACAGCUGGAUGUGUGUGGCCAGGCUCCACUCAGCUCCAAGAUUGUGGGUGGUCAGGAUGCCCCAGUGGGAGGCUGGCCCUGGCAGGUCAGUCUACAACGGUCAGCCUUCCAUUUCUGUGGAGGAUCUCUCAUCAAUAGCCAGUGGGUUCUGACUGCUGCUCACUGUUUCCCCAGGUCCAGCACGCCAAAUCUGCAGGUCAUCAUGGGAGCUAAGAGCCUGGAGCAAGCCAGCCCAAACCAGGUGUCCAGCUCAGUAGAACAAAUCACCUGCCAUCCCAACUAUGAUACGACCAGCCAGAACAAUGACAUGUGUCUGCUGAAGCUGUCCGCUCCUGUGACUUUUACCAACUAUAUCCUGCCUGUCUGCUUAGCAGCACCUGGCAGCACAUACAAUGCAGGCAUUGUCAGUUGGGUCACUGGUUGGGGGACUAUUAAUUUGAGAGUGAACCUUCCCUCCCCUAAGAAUCUCCAGGAAGUAGAUGUGCCAAUAGUGGGAAACAGACAGUGCAACUGCAACUAUGGAGUGGGCUCUAUCACAGACAAUAUGUUGUGUGCUGGUUUAAAAGUUGGAGGAAAGGACUCCUGUCAGGGUGACUCAGGGGGCCCCAUGGUUAGCAAACAGGGUGGUCGCUGGAUCCAGUCUGGAGUGGUGAGUUUUGGCAAAGACUGUGCUCUGGCCAAUUUCCCAGGUGUCUAUGCCAGAGUAUCCAUGUACCAGAUGUGGAUCAACAGCAUAAUCACCAGCAGCCAGCCAGGAUUUGUUACCUUCAACUCUAGUGGAACAGACUCUGACCUCAGUGUGUCCUGCCUAGCACUAAUCGAUAGCACAACAACCACAUCUGCCCCCUCCACCACAACCACUUCUGCCCCUUCAACCACCACCACCUCUGCCCCUCCAACCACCACCACCUCUGCCCCUCCAACCACAACCACAUCUGCCCCCUCAAUCACAACCACAUCCGCCCCCUCAACAACAUUUGCCCCCUCAAUCACAACCACAUCCACCCCCUCAACCACAUCUGCCCCCUCAACCACAGCCACAUCCACCCCUUCAGUAACCACCACCACCCCAACUGUCAAAAUCAGUCCUUCAACAAAAGCUCCCUCUUCAACCCCAGCAAAGCCUGUUGUGUGUGGUAGUGCCCCGUUAAACACCCAUACUAGUGGAGGGAGCUCUGUGGUGUCAGCUGGCACAUGGCCAUGGAUGGCCAGCAUUCAACAAAAUGGAACACACAUCUGUGGAGGAACACUAGUGGCAGAAAACUUUGUCAUGAGUUAUGCUAGCUGUUUCUCCAGUACACCCAAUGCCCUUGACUGGGUUGUGGUCCUUGGGCGCCUGAAACAGAAUGGGACCAAUCCCUUUGAGGAGACUCUGAACGUGACAAACAUCACUAUGAGCAACCUGACAGGCAGCAAUUUAGCAGUCCUUCAGCUAUCUAUCAAACCCACAAUAUCCAACUAUAUCCAGCCUCUCUGUGUUGACCUGGGACGUCCAACUUUCAGUACAGGCACUCAGUGCUGGGCAGCUGGAUGGGGCAUAGGACAAGGUGGAGCUGAGCAAGUUCUUCAAGAGUUUCAGACCUCUGUGUUGGAUUGUGGAAAUGUUUCUUCCACGGACAAUAUCUGCACUACUUUUAUGGAUCUCCAACAGGGUGAUGGAGGUGGACCUCUGAUGUGUCUGCAGAAUGGUGCAUGGUUCCAGGCUGCAGUGUUGACUCUGCCCAUCCUGUCUGGUAGAAGCGCUAACACACAAUCGGACAAGGCAUCAAUCCUGUCCAACCCCAUACAAGUGUUCUCCAGAAUCUCACUCUUUAUGAACUUCCUUGAGACUACUGUGACUACCUUCCCCAGCCGAGCCUCCAUUAGCACCACUACAAACAUCUCCAACAUCAGCAACAGUACAACUUCAAGUCCCACACAAUCUAACAGUCUGAAUACAGGAAGUAGUGCAAGUCUGGUCCAGUCUUCCAUCUGCUUUCUUUUUAUUUCUCUCCUUCACCUCCCUUUGUCACUUACUCAAAGCUGGUGAUUGGGUAGCCCCCUUUAUACUGGACUGUUGGAUGGUGUUGACCAACAAUAUUCUUUCUGACAAAUCUUGUAUGCAGUAUGGAACACAUUGAGAUCCCCUUAUAUUUAAUAUUGGUUUAUUAUCAUUUAAGAAUUUAGCUUCCUUCAAUGAAUUGGUUCAUAAAAGUGACUUGAUGUCUGUAGUUUACUGGGCUUGAUUAUUAAGUGUAACUACAACUACUAUCAAAGUCUUCGGUAGAGCAUGAGGAGGGAAACUGGACUCCCGUCCCAUCCCAGAAAAAUAUUCCCGUAGCCUUAAACUUCAACCACAACCCUCCUGUUCUGUGACUUUUUUUUUCUCAAAAGAAUUAUGAAGGGGUGCUGUCAGCUGGAACUAUGAGCAGCCUGCUUGCGACAUUCACAAGCACUCCUGAGUUUUCCCCUCCCAGAAAUUCAGAAGGGAGCCAGGAACCUUGGUGGGUUCCUUCAUGUAUUUGAGAAUUCCUUGGCGGACACAUUUUUCCAUAGGGCUUUCCAAUAUUGUCCUUUUUCCACCUCCACACAGCUGGCAAAUAAUUAAUCCCGACAAUCUGGGGCUGCAUGUGGGUCUUCAAGUCUCCCAACAGUGAUUUUUUUUUCUAUUCUAUGAUAUAUAUUUUUUGAUGUACGAUUAAUGUAUGAUUAAUAACUCAUGGGGUUAGGGUUAUUCAUGUUUUGUUGGUCAUUCAUGUCGUCGUCGUCCCCCCCCCCCACACACACACAAAAAAAAGUAUAAAAAAACUUUGAAAAGUG